AUGGCGACGCAUCCCGAGAGUAUCCGCAAAACACAACGAGCGCCGAAGAGCUGUUUCUUCUGUUUCCGGCGCAAGACCAAAUGCGACAAACUAAUCCCUUGCCAGGCCUGUCGAUCUCGAGGACAGGCCAAUGAGUGUUUCGUUGAAACCGUGGAGGUGAAGGGGCAAGUAGUGACUGCCGACCAGACACCAGCCACGCAGCCCAGCUACUCGGAAUUGCUCGAAGAGAAUGGCCGUCUCCGAUCGCUUGCAUUGCAGGGACCAGUAAAAAGGACUGCCCGUCCCAUCUCCGCGUUGGCGUUGAUGGACCAGCAAGAGCAAGAGCUCUACUUUUGUCUCCGGACCCAUUACCGGCCUGCUGGCAUUUCCAGCGCCUUGCAGGCCAUCUACCCAUCAGACGAUUGCUGUCGUGUUCUGUUUGCGCGCGCAGCAGAGUGGGCGUGGCUUCACUCGGCCGUCUCUCCGGCCACACUCGAGCACCAGCAACUUCAUUUGAAACCGAAUCAAAUAGACCGAGAAUCCCCACCUGCCUCGGAUGCGUCUUGGUUGGCUCUCUAUUUCAGCUAUCUGACUAUCGGGAUCACAUAUUCAGAUGAGAUAUCCCUCCGCGAAGCCGGUAUUCCCAAAGAUAGGACUGCUCUAUUCCGCGAAAACUGGUAUGACUCUGCUCUAUAUUUCCUCCAUCGAGCGGACUUUCUCCGUCUGUUAGAUGUUCGGAACAUCCAGACCAUUUCCAUUCUUGGGGCCGUAUUUUCCAAUUUUGGUGAUUUAAAUCUUUACUACAACCUCCUGGGAUGCGCAGUCCGCAUCGGCGAGAGUCUGGGCAUCAAUAACGACUACACGCAUUUCACCGGAGUUCUUCCUGAUCUCAAAUCCCAGCGGUCUCUUUGGUGGUCUCUCGUCAUCCUGGAUUGGCUCAACCUUCCGUUGGGCCAACCGUGCAUCAGUGACGGCGAUUUUGUCGUUGAAAUGCCUUCAGUCGGCUCUCGUUCCGUCGCAGAGUCCGAUUGGGAUUCAGGCAAUUAUCAAGCUAUGAUGUGCAAGAUAGCUCUGCUGCUGUAUCAAUUUCAAACAACCGUCUGCGCCUCGCUGGACUGGGCAACUGUCGAGAACGCCGUGGUCAUGGCUGACGAGAAACUCGUCAAUCUCAUCCAGGAGCUCAGUCCCUGGAUCGGAACCGUGGGCCUGGACGAUGCGUACCUGGCCACGGAUCCGUCCGACGCAGCAGAAUCCUCUGCCUGCACCCAGCGGCAGAAUCUGUUGCUGAUACUGCUCUACUACCGCGUCCUCAUCAACCGCACACUCAUUCGACAGUCUCCUUCCCCGAGAGCCAAAGAAAUGUCAUUCCGACGGUGCGUCAAUUCAGCUCAUAAUAUAACCAAGGUGUGCAUGACCAUGGCCAACACAGGUCAGUUGGUUGCUACAUGGUCGACCUUCUUACCGCUAUACUCCGCGGGCAAUAUUUUGGCCGUGCACGGGGCUCGUUGCCACUGUGAACCGGGACAUGAUCACAUGGCAGAUGUUACCGCGUGUAUUCACAUGUUUGAUUCCUUGUCGCAUAAAAGUGUUUUCGGGGAGUAUGCGGCUAGACAGUUGAGGCGGGUCACUCACAAUCUCACACCAGGUAGUGGCCACCCUUAG